GGAAGCUUGACAGCUUGUACCUCUCGCGUUCACUCGUGGAAACCACAGCUCCCGUUGUGUGAGAGACGCAAUCACAACUCCGGCGGAUUUUUCUCGGAUUUCCUUUUUGUACUUUGAAAGAAGUUUACGAGAAGCGGUCUCGGAGUUUGGAUUUGAUUGAAUCCUCCGGGGUAUGAAAGUGGAGCGGACGCUUCCAACAAAGUAAAAGAGGUGGUCGAGCUGAACGUUUGAUGGCUGCUGGUGAUGGAGCCCAGCUGCCUGCCACAGUAGCGGCCAGCCGGAGCGUGGACAAGGGGCUCGAGGAGGCGGCGGCCAGCGGCGCUCUCAACUUGUCGAACCGAAAGCUGAAGGAGUUCCCCCGCAGCGCCAGGAACUACGACUUGUCCGACAUUACGCACGCAGAUCUGUCUAAGAACCGCCUUUGUGAGCUGCCGGAGGAGCUUUGUCAGUUCAUCUCUCUGGAGACGCUGAGCCUUUACCACAAUGGAAUGCGUUCACUGUCCUCCAGCCUGGGCAACCUCCAGGCCCUCACCUACCUCAACCUCAGUCGUAAUCUUCUGUCUGGUUUGCCCCCGUCGGUGUUCCAGCUUCCCCUCCUGCGAGUGCUCGUAGUCAGCAACAACAAGCUGUGUUCACUGCCGGCCUCCAUAUUCUCCCUCACACACCUCCGACAGCUGGAUCUAAGCUGUAACGAGCUGCAGUGUUUGCCAGCAGAGCUCGGCCAGCUAGAAUGUCUCAGGGACUUGAACCUGAGGAGAAACCAGCUCACCACUUUGCCUGAAGAAAUAUCAGAGCUCCCCCUCGUCCGGCUCGAUGUUUCCUGUAACCGCAUUUCCCACGUGCCCCUGUGCUACCGCCACCUGCGCCACCUCCAGAGCAUCCUGCUGGACAACAACCCGCUGCAAAUGCCACCUGCGCAGAUCUGCUCCAAGGGCAAAUACCACAUCUUCAAGUACCUCAACAUGGAGGCCUGCAAGAGGAGCCAGGAGGAGCUGGAGAGACACCUUAGGCCCACUGGAUUCAAAAACUGUCUGUCAGACCACGAGCUGUUCGGAGGGCUGGAUUCUGGCUUCAACAGCGUGGACAGCGGCAGCAAGCGGUGGUCUGGGAACGAGUCAGCAGAUGACUUCUCAGAGCGCUCCCUUCGCAUGGCUGAGGUCAGCAGAGACCAGAGGAACCUGGAGGAGGAGGAGGAGGGGGGAGAGGAUGAGUCUCCUGAGGAAGCAAACAAAGUGAAUGGGGAUGCGGUCCAUGUGGACUUCAUUCACAGCAGUGUGACAAAAAGAGAGGAUGAGGACGUUGGGAUGGAUGCAGCACCUCUUCUGGAGCAGAAAGAGAGCUCUUCCUCGUCCAAAACCCAGGAUACAACAAUAGGCAGGUCAGGCCUCCACGUGGAGGUGGGCCCCCCGUCAUCGGCCUCCUCUUCUCCCUUGUCCCCCUCCAGCCCCAACCUAGAGGAGCGGAGGAGGCCGGGCACCCUCCUCAUCUGGCAGGAGAGGGAGCGUCUGCAGCAGCAGCGAGAGAAGGCCAGUGUGUUAAAGUCCUCCACCAAAGCAGGAAGUCAUGUGCCAACUGCAGCACAGACAGGAACUAGCUCAGCUGGUGCAUCUCCAGAGAACAGCAGCUCCCCCCCAGGCCUCCGGCAGCGGUGUGCAAGUGCUGAUCAGAUGAGCUCAGUGUCUCCUUACACACUUCUGGAACGCUCCAACAGCAGAACAGUGUCAGAUGUCCCCUCCUCCCCGAAGACGUCCCCCCCCCCAGGCCAGGCCCAAAGACCCAACAGCUUCCUGUUCCGCACCUCCUCACGCAGCAACGUCAAACCCACAGGGUCAGCCUUGGGGGAGUGCGGCAGAAGUGAGUCUCGCACAAUGCUGCGUUCCCCUAAAGAAGAGAGACCCGACAUCACACAACUACGCAAGACUCUGGAAUCCCGGCUGAAGAUCACACUACCAGAGGACCUGGGCGAGGCCUUAUCCAACGGCACCGUCCUCUGUCAGCUGGUCAAUCAGAUCCGAGCCCGCUCUGUGUCACUCAUCCACAUUCCCUCCCCAGCAGUGCCAAAGCUGAGCUCCUCAAAGUGUCGACUCAACGUGGAAAACUUCAUUGCUGCUUGUCGUAAGCUGGGAGUCACUGAGACGGACGUGUGUGCGUCCUCUGAUGUGCUUCUGUGUAAGCUGCCUGCUGUGCUGCGCUGUGUGACGGCGCUGCUGGCUGCCAGGGGGGGGGAGACGGGGGAGGAAGGAUCCCCCCGCCACUCGUCCUCCUCCUCGCUGCUGUCCGCAGACUUCCUGCUCUUCUACAGUGCAGCCAUGAUCCUGCUCUACAUCCUCUACUCCUACCUGCUCCUCUAGAGCAGCAACGCAGUGGGUUCAUGAUCCUGUGACUUAUGAACUGCUCUCUGCGCUGACUGAACUUACACACACACACAGCCGACCUCCAGAGUGUGUGUUGGCACUGGUCGAGUGUCUGAGCCUUAGAGAGCCUGAGCACCUUUUAAGAAACAAAGAAUACACUACAGCACUCUGUUCCUCUGUACCUCACUGAUAAAGCUAGUUAACUACGGGAGGGAGGACUUAACUUACCUACUUUAGCCAGCUCUGAGGUAGAGCUGUUCUCAUUGGUUGUGACACGAGUGCGUGGAGCAAAGGACCCCGAUCCAAAUGGUACCACGUGCUUGUUUUUCUCGUUUUAAGAUGCUCACGUGAUGUCCCGCAGACUUCCACAUGGAGGAUUCCUCUCCGAUUAGACUGUAUCUUUGUGAGUGUCUAAUUGCACAAUAGGUGAUAUUUGGGUUACCACUACGAGUGAACCCCUCACGGACACAGAUGUCACUCAUUGAUAGUAUAUCACAAGCUUUUUGGAUGUAUAUUCUUAUUUACAACUGCAUCAUGUAGUGGUAAAUAAGAAUAUCCAUUCAUAAAAUAUUUGUCAUUUUACACUACAGACAAAUACUUAAUCGGCAAUCAGGAGACUUCAGUUUUACUCUCAAAUGAAAACAUUGUUCCCACCACGCUUAGAUUAUUAGACAUGGCAACAUCACCAUAUGGAAGCUCUAACGGGGCACUCGGAUGAGUUGGUCAAGUUAGUCAAACCUAUUUGGAGGACAAAAGAUGACCCAAACUGUCUGGAAAUGUCUUUUCCUUGAUAAGACCGGAUCGUUACUUUCUCAGCCAGAGACCGUGGGCCUUUUGCUGUGCUCACCCAGCUUUAACCUGUGAUCUACUGUGCGUUCAGGGCAGCUCUUCCUCUGAGACAUGUAGAACUCUGGGCUGCGUGUUUGGAGGUAGACCUCUGAGAGAGAGAAGGAAGCCCAGACUGAACUGUGAAUGUCAUUUUUAGCCUUGAGACAAAUGUGGAACCUGGAUGUAACAGACCACGACUGGUGAUAUAGUGCCUCUUACUGCUUAUUUUUAUAUGCCUGUCAUGCUGACUGUUAGAAGCGGGGGGGGCGAUGUUGCUGAAUCAAUGUCCCUCCACGCGUUAGGUGUCCAAACGGUACAACGCCCCCCAGGCUGUGUAUAAAGUCUUUUGUGUUGUCGCUAGUCCCUUUGACCAGCUGACUUCAUGUUUGUAUAAAUGUAAACAGGCUAUUAAAUUAUUAUUCCUUUUUUUAAUUUAUUGUUUUAUUUUGGUUUCAGAGAUAAAGCAGCCGAGGCGUAAUUUGGUUAGCUUGGUGAAAAUGUGCUUUAUGUCAGAUCGAUAUUCAAUUAUUCAGAGUUAAAGUGACAUUGAUCGUUUAAAAGGUUUCUCCUUCAUCUGAUUGGUAAAUAAUUGAUUCCCUGGAGGCUCCACAUUUAGCAGAACAUCAGAGGGCGUGUGCUGUUUCUACCACACGUUAUGUCUGGCUUCUUGCUCAGAAGGUCAACGUCUGCAACUAAACACAUAUUGGAAUUUGAUUAUUAUUCUAAUUGCCCUGAUAUGGUGUUUCAGAGCUUUUAGCAAACUGUAGUAGUGCUCAAACUACAAAUGCCUUAACAUUCAGAUCAUUUGUAUUUGCUCUUAUCAAGGCCUACAUUUAGCCCAGAAUGGGACACUCAAACAUUCUAAUAAAGAUCUAAUCUAGUAAAAAGGAGUCUGCAUGAUUUAUGAAUAUCAGUUUCGUCUUAGGAGGAAAUCAAAUGCAAAAAUAACCUACAAUUACAUUUUUAUUCCCUUGUAGCUGUGGAAAAAUAUAUGACUAAAAGACUGUUCCUCCAAUGCUAUAAUUUAACCCUCACCUUGAUGUUUCUUCUAAUAUGGAGCCCCAAGUGUAAAUAAACAAUUAUGACAUACCAUGAAUAAAUUGUGUAAAAUAUAUUCGUCGUUAAGGAAAAUUAUUUUAAUGACUCUUUAUUUCAUGAUAGUUUACUUUAGAUACGCCUGUUAGGUAGAGCGACAACUAUGUUAAGAUGCCUCCUCACCACUGAACUAGCUUUAGUUGGUCAUAAACACACAAAGUGCUCCUUGUAUUUAAUGAAAGUCGCUCAUUUCUGACUAGGCGGGCUGUGAGGUAGCUGCUGACUGUUUUAAGCGACCACUGAGAAACAUUGUUGACAUCCAAACACUGCAGAGAGUACGCUGUAUUAGCCAGUUAGCUCCUGCUAUUCACAUAGCUCUCUACUUUGAUGCCCAGUAAUAAUCCUAAGUAUGUAGCAUGUGCAGCUUGGUUGGGGUUAAUAAAAGUAUAGUUAUUGUGCUGUAACUGCGUAAUGGUGUUUUACUGCACUAAAUCUGAUCUCUAGUCGGUUGAUUCAAAAGUACUUUAGCAUCAUCGUUGCUCUAGCUAACCGUGGAAUCAGUCGUUGACCUUAAAAGACCUAAAAAAUCACUUGACCCAAAUUAUUUGACUAAUUAUUGAUAUAGAUAUUACACAAUAUAUUCAUGGAUAUUUCAUAAUAUCUUUGUUUGUAUAAUAAAAUACCAUUUUGGGGCCACACCCCACCCAAAAAGCCAUUCUGUUGAAAUUGCCUUUGUAAGUUGAUUCAAUGAGACACUGCAGUCUCUGCUGUAGUCUGAAGGACUCAAUGUCCACUGUAAAAAGUUUUCCAUGUCAAGUUUUUAUUAGCCUUCUGUUAAAACGAAAUGUUAUACUGUUUCAAUUCAAAAUGUAUAUUUUACAAUAAUUCACUCACUGGCUUAGUCAAAGCUAUAUUCUUUAAUAUGAUUGCGGAACAGAAAUUGUAUUUUAUAUUUAUAUGACAUCCUUGUUUUUAUUCAGAAUAAUUGUUUGUACAUAUAGAUUUAUAUAAACUCAGUCUUUCCCAUCCCACUGUAAAGACAUUAUUAAAAACAAACUUUGACCUUGUGCUGUUUGUCUGCUCGCCUGCUUCUGCUUCUGUUAGUCAGCCAAGAACUUGGAUAUGAUCAGGGGAUCUGCAACGGCUCACCUCAUCAGUUUGGCUAC